AUUUCCUGAUCACAAAGGGGCGAAUACGGCGUUUACCUCGCACAAUUACUAGUCGCUGUGCUCCCUUGUCCUACAAACUGAUACCCCAGUAAUCGAAACGCAAACCGUCGUCCGUGCCUUUGACGCUUGGGCUGUUAUCCUAGCCCAUAAGACAUACGUAGCGCUCAUUGACCUUAUCCUCGCAACUGCUUAUCGGGUCUCGGCCUCGCCUUAUCUUAUCCGGGGCCCGGAGCAGGGGCGACACGACAAAUGCUCAACUCUAUCUCAAUUCACGUGAAACCUACCUCGGGUGGUGACAGGAUCACACUGGAUGUAUCGCCAACGGCGAGCGUGGGUGAAGUAAAAGAGGGCAUCGCGGCCAUCGUGCCAAUACCUGCAGCCGAACAGCGACUAAUCUUUAGAGGCCAGAUCAUGAAGGACGACGAACGCACUAUUGAUACAUACGGUAUCAUCAACGAAAGUGUCCUGCAUCUAGUCCGCGGCAGGCCAGCAGGCAGCAGCGCUCAAGCGACCCAGGGGGCAGCCGCCGGCUCGAGUUCUCCGGCCGGCGCAGCAGCCGGCAGCGCCACACCCGCUAGCGGCCCCUUUGGCAUGCCCGGCAUGCCAGCCGACAUGCAGCAGGCCAUGUCUGCCGCGCUCAACGACCCGCUCAUGCAGACGCUGCUGAGUGACCCGGAGCUCAUCCGCUCCGUCCUGGGCGCCAACCCAGCCAUGCGGGAGGUCAUGGAGCGCAACCCGGAGGUGGCCCAGAUCCUGAGCAACCCCGCCACCCUGCGGGAGAUGAUGCGCAUCAGCUCCAACCCGUCGCUGCUCCGCGAGCACAUGCGCAACAGCGACCGCGCGCUGUCCAACCUGGAGGCGCUGCCCGAGGGCUUCAACGCGCUGAGGCGCCUGCACGAGCAGAUACAGGAGCCCCUCAUGAACGCCGCCGCGAUGGGCGCCCCGGAGGAGAACCCCGCCCCCGCCUCGGGAGCGGCGGCUGGCGCGGGCCCGGCAGCAGCGGGCAGCAACCCGCUGGCGGCGCUGCUGCAGCAGGCACUGGGG